CCCGUGCGUCGUUAGAAGCCCACACCCAGCAACCAUGCAGACCGUGCGUGCUCCCGCCGCCUCCGGCGUUGCCACCCGCGUGGCUGGCCGCCGCAUGUGCCGCCCCGUGGCGGCCACCAAGGCUUCGACCGCGGUGACCACCGAUAUGUCCAAGCGCACCGUGCCCACCAAGCUGGAGGAGGGUGAGAUGCCCCUGAACACCUACUCGAACAAGGCUCCCUUCAAGGCCAAGGUUCGCUCGGUGGAGAAGAUCACCGGCCCCAAGGCCACUGGUGAGACUUGCCACAUCAUCAUCGAGACCGAGGGCAAGAUCCCCUUCUGGGAGGGCCAGUCCUACGGUGUGAUCCCCCCGGGCACCAAGAUCAACUCCAAGGGCAAGGAGGUGCCCCACGGCACCCGCCUCUACUCCAUCGCCUCGUCCCGCUACGGCGAUGACUUCGACGGCCAGACCGCCUCGCUGUGCGUGCGCCGCGCCGUGUACGUGGACCCCGAGACCGGCAAGGAGGACCCCGCCAAGAAGGGCCUGUGCUCCAACUUCCUGUGCGACGCCACCCCCGGCACCGAGAUCUCGAUGACCGGCCCCACCGGCAAGGUGCUGCUGCUGCCCGCUGACGCCAACGCCCCUCUGAUCUGCGUGGCCACCGGCACCGGCAUUGCCCCCUUCCGCUCCUUCUGGCGCCGCUGCUUCAUUGAGAACGUGCCCAGCUACAAGUUCACCGGCCUGUUCUGGCUGUUCAUGGGCGUGGCCAACAGCGACGCCAAGCUGUACGACGAGGAGCUGCAGGCCAUCGCCAAGGCCUACCCCGGCCAGUUCCGCCUGGACUACGCCCUGUCGCGCGAGCAGAACAACCGCAAGGGCGGCAAGAUGUACAUCCAGGACAAGGUGGAGGAGUACGCCGACGAGAUCUUCGACCUGCUGGACAACGGCGCGCACAUGUACUUCUGCGGCCUGAAGGGCAUGAUGCCCGGCAUCCAGGACAUGCUUGAGCGCGUGGCCAAGGAGAAGGGCCUGAACUACGAGGAGUGGGUUGAGGGCCUGAAGCACAAGAACCAGUGGCACGUGGAGGUCUACUAAGCGGCCUGCGCUCUGCCCUCUCCCGCACACGUCGAGUGGGCGGGAGCGAGUUGUGUAGCGGUGGCGGCUUGGUAGCAGCACGGCCACGGCGUGCUCCUUGAGCGGGCUCGAGCGUAACAGCGGCGAAAGCAGCAGCGAGGAGCUUCUGCUCUCUCGGACGAGGCAAGGGGGCGCUGGCGGUGGCGGGACGAGAACGCGGCGGGCAGCGGGCCGGGCGGGCGGCAUGCCUCGCCGGAAAGCAAAGGCGCCGCGCGCCGGCCGCGGCACUAGCAUGUCUGGAGCAGUCUAGUUGCCUCGCUGGCGUUGAUGUCUAGAGCCCGGAAGGUCCGUUCCGAAUACCUGCGCUGCGCGAGAGCGCGUGUCAGGAUGAAGGCGGGCCUCUUGUGUGUGUAUGCAGGGUUGGGUUUGCGUAGAGAUGCCAUUUUGAGAAGACGAAGAGAACACCGAGAGACGGUGCCGGUUCCGCUUCCCCCGCGGGCCGCACUCCCGGUCUGUUUUGACAGUGUAUGAUGUUGGCUUGAAGGGCUGGAGGACUGCCCACGGCUCCGCCCUCCCUAGCGCCGAAUGGCGGCACGCCCCUGGGCGCCGGGUUGCGCAGUGCGCUGCAGCCGCGUGCAUCCCGGGGGGCGGGCUCCUUGCCUCAGCGCAGUUUUAGGGCGGGAGGGCGAUGUGGCUGUGUGGAUGCGUUCGUCCCUCGGACCUGAUGGUUUCGUAUGAUUGGAGUGGAUGGAGUCGUUUGUGCCGAGCGGGCCGUGUGGCAGGAAGCGGAGUUGCCAGCGGUCAGGGGGCGCGAGGCCGUGCACGGAUGCUUCAUUGACCGAGGCAGAGAGGUGUUUUUGCGCUGUCACGGACUGGAUAUGCUGUCAAGCAGCGCAUGUUUGUAAAUACCCGAAUUCUUGGUACCUAUUGUGCGCAUUGCGGUGCCCACGGAGGGGCAAACGCAGCAAGACGUCACGUUGUUAAGACUGCAUCCGCGUCAGCGUGUCGCUGCACUCGGCAGGCGGUGGAUCGCAGGAGACUCUGCGGAUGUGCGACGCACGUGGACAUCACGCCAUCCGACCUUGCCUACGAACAAUAUUUAGGGUCAGCUGCGAAGUGUUGUGCAGACGUCUGGACGCUGUCCACGCGCGCGCGGGCCCGACGGUAUGCCAGGGGGCCCACACCCUGGACGGUCCUUGCGGCGGCGCUGAGUUUGGGGGGCAGUGGUGCAGUGGUGCAGUGCAGGGGACAGGCGUCACCGUACUUAUUGUCCCUGGUACCGUACUUAUUGUCCCUGGUAGUCCCUGCCUGGUGUCCCCAUCAACUCACCGCCAAUGCCUUCGCAGUACGGUAUCACGCCCAGGCCGCUGCCGAGGGCCCGAGGCCGAGCCGAUCGAGCAGUCAAGCCAUGAGUGGCUCGCUGCCCCUGGGUCGAGCGGAGCAGUCAGCAGUGCUGCAGUCCAGGGUUACCCUGCUGUACGGUAGCCGACCGCUCUGGGGAAUCCGCGCUGUAGCAGGCAGCGCCGCAGACGGGUCGGCGCAGGCCCUGUGGGAAGCGCCAUCAGGCCCCAAACAGCCACGUGA